AUGGUAUCUGCCUUCUCUAUGAGUCCGACACUUGGAUUUGGAAUGCUGAAUAAAGCCAUAGAUUAUGUAGGAGUUUUGCCAUUUUUCAUCAAUGUGGAAAUGCCUACAAUUUGUAUGCAAGGUGAACAGGUUGGUAUCAGAGUCACAGUCUUCAACUACAUGGAAGACAAUAUGGAAGCCACAGUCAUACUGAAAGGAUCUCCAGAUUACAAGUUUGUUCACGUAGAAGACAAUGGAUUUGUCAGUGCCUACAAUCCUAGAACUUCUUUUGGAGAACACCAGUUCUUUAUUUUCAUAAAAGCUCAAGAUGCUGCUCAAGUAUACGUUCCCAUUGUGCCCACUCGUCUAGGCGAUAUUUACGUGACUGUUUAUGCUGCUACCCUUAUUGGCAAGGAUGAAGUAACCAGGAAACUACGUGUCGAAGCUGAUGGGUUACCACAAUACAGGCAUCAAUCUGUAUUAUUGGAUUUAAGUAAUAGGGCUUAUACAUUCCAGUAUAUGCACGUGAAUAUCACCGAAACUCCGAUUAUUCCUUAUGAAUAUGAUAGAUACUACGUGUAUGGUUCCAAUAAGGCUAGUAUAUCAAUAGUAGGCGACGUGGUCGGUCCAAUUUUCCCCACAAUGCCUGUAAACGCCACAUCUCUCUUAUAUCUGCCAAUGGAUUCGGCCGAACAAAACAUGUUUUCCUUCGCAGUUAACAUGUACACCCUACUAUACAUGAGAUACACUCAGCAAAAAAACAAGACUCUACAAAAGCAAGCUUUCCAUUAUUUAAACGUCGGCUAUCAGAGGCAGUUGAGUUUCAUGCAACCCGAUGGCAGUUUUUCCACAUUCAGAAGCGACUGGAACAAUUCCGCGUCUUCGGUUUGGCUGACUGCGUACUGUGCAAGGAUUUUACAGGAAGCUAGUUUUUACGAAUGGGAAAAUUACAUUUAUAUCGAUCCAGAUGUUAUAGCUAAGUCGGUAGAGUGGGUUUUGAAACAUCAAACCGAGGAAGGGUCGUUUUAUGAAACAACUUGGAUGCCCGACAGGAAAUAUAAUUCUUCACUUAACUUUGAUCACAACAAUAUUGCUCAAAGGAAUAUUACUUUGACUGCGCAUGUACUUAUUACUUUGGAGAGUGUUAAGGAUUUAACAAGUGGUCUAAGCUCUAGAGUGGCCAUAGCUGCAAAAAAAGCAAUUUUCUGGCUUGAAAAGAAUAUGGAUCUGGUUGAGGAUAAAGGACAAGCUUUCGACACAGCCAUUGUGGCAUACGCGCUUAUGAAAAUUAAAGCAGCCAAUGCGGAAAGGGCAUUUUUAGCUCUAUCGAGAAAGGCUGUUCUGGAAGGAGGUCUAGUCUACUUCGCCCGGAAAAGUAUACCUCAGCCGCCGUUCAAAGUGGAAAAUCAGAAACCAUUCUUAUUGCCCAGAUUACCUUAUGAAUAUGACAGCGAAAACAUUGAAGCUACAGCCUACGCUUUGAUGGUGUAUGUUGAGAGACAGGAGUUGUAUGUCGAUAACAUUGUCAGAUGGCUCAAUACUCAACGCCUCUCCGAUGGUGGUUGGGCUUCAACUUCCGAUACAGCUAACGCGAUGAAGGCUCUAAUCAAGUACACUUCCGCUCAAAGAAUCAGAGAUAUUUCAAGCCUCUCGGUGACGGUCGAAGCGACAUCUUUACCAGGAAAAAGUCAAGUGCUUUAUGUAAAUGACAAAAAUAGAGCUAAAUUGCAACACAUUGAAAUACCCAAUGCUUGGGGUACUGUAAAAGUUGACGCCAGAGGUACAGGAUAUGCCAUUCUUCAAAUGCACGUCCAAUACAAUGUCGACAUAGAAAAAUACCAAACACCGCCGCCUGUUAGAGCUUUCGAGUUGGUUACCAAACAAUAUUACUAUGGUAGAAAUCAGUCUCAUAUCACUUACGUUAGUUGUCAAAGGUGGAUCCACACCAACGAAUCUCAAAGAUCCGGCUUAGCCAUCCUAGACGUUACAAUUCCUACAGGAUAUAUUGUGCAGCAACAGGAUUUGGAUGCCUACAUAAUUUCUAGAAGAGUUAGAAAUUUGCAGAGGGCCCGGUUUCAGGAAAGAAAAGUGAUUUUCUAUUUUGAUUAUUUGGAUACAGAAGACACUUGUGUUAACUUCACUGUCGAGCGAUGGCAUCCUGUGGCAAACAUGUCUCGGUACUUGGCGGCCAGAGUUUACGAUUAUUAUGCACCAGAACGAUUCAACGAAACUCUCAUCGACGCUCUCUCCUCCUACGUACUCGACAUUUGCCAAGUAUGCGGCAGCUCACAGUGCCCCUAUUGCUGGAUUUACAAUAAUUCAGCCAGCCACUUGUCAGUACCGCUAUUCACAAUUUUAGCAUCCAGCUUUGUAUUAAUAUUGAGGAACACAAGGGUAACGCAUUAUUUUGACGAGUUUUGUAUAAAGACUUUUUUUUAA